UUUUUUACAUCUAUUUCUAAUUUGUACAAAUAACUUAUUAAUUUUACUUACACUCCCUCCCCUCAUUUAUAUAUUAGCUUCUAGGCAACACAUAAGAAAACAAUCAUUAAAAAAAUCACUACAUACAGAUGAUACAGGUUUACAUCAGGUUCAUCUUAUCUGGCAUUAUUAUAUAGAUAUCAUAUAGCAAUUGCACUAACAGAUUACAGAGAAUACAUAUACAUGCUGGCAUUUUCAAUAAUACAGAUUUCCAAUAAUACAUUAGCAUUAUUAACAAAACUCAUUUUUUUGCCUCUACUUUUCCUUCCUCGUGUUUUUCUUCCAUUUUUAUACCUUUUCAAACUUUUUCUUUUACUUUUUUCCAAUGUAUAAAGAGAAGCAGUUUAUGUGGUAGCCACUUCUGCAAGAAAAGGUCUAGUUUACAACUUCCUGUAUGGUAGUAUUUUCCUGUGCAGUAUCUUUUUUUCUUCUUCCAUUUUAAAUAAAUUCAUAUUUAGAUGAUCACUGAAACAUCUACUUCUGUAAAUAAAAUAUUUUGCCAUGAUUAAAAUAAGGCUUAAUAUCUUAUCUAACAUAAAUUCAUUUUGGAUUCUAAAUAAAAUGAAAUCUUUGUUUACUUCAAUGUUUUUACAGUAAGAACAUUUUUCUGUUAACUUUGUAAAUAGCUCGUUCCACAAGCUUUUAACAAUAGCACAAUCAAAGAACAGGUGCUCUACAGAUUCCUUUGACUGUGCACAGAAAGUGUAUCUCAUAGUUUUAUGUGAUAUAACUGGGUGUUCGUAGUUAACACAAGGUGAUGAAUACGAUACUAAAACCGUUGGAGUUUUGUAUCUGCUAUAACAGUAAAGGGAUGUGAAAAUAUUUGUCCCCAUUGAAGGUCUGGAAAGAAUUAAUCCAGUGGACCUUCAACAAACAGCUAGAGCACCUGCAGGCCUGACGAGAGGGGGGGACAGGGGGGUCUGGUGUACCCGGGCCCGCGGCUGUCAAGGUGGCCCGGCCUUGGUCAGUGAAUUUUUUUUUCUUCUUCUCCUUUUCUUUUUAUUUUAAAGAAAGGUCUAAGGACAGAACACCCAAGCAUUACAAGGGGCCCGGAGAGGUCGUCUGUCCUGGGACCCAGGCUGGCUAUCGGCGGCCCUGAGCACCUGGACCGUGCAGAUGACAUUAGUCUCCUACCUCAUUGGCAUAUUGGCAGCAGAAUGCACAAACCAAACUGAGAAAGCUAGCAGAGGAAGCAGAGAAGACUGGCUUAAAGGUCAACAGAAAGAAGAUUGCACUGAUGAGAAUCAACAACAAGCAGGAACUCCCUAUCCAACUUCAAGGAGAGAACAUCCUGGAAACAGAUCGCUUUGUGUACCUGGGGAGCAUAUUGUUAAUAAGGAUGGUGGAGUGGAUGCUGACAUCAAAACCCGUAUCAACAAGGCCAGAUCACUAGAGGGAACCUCAUCCCAACAUAGGCACAGCAGAGGUAAAAGUAUGAGUCACAUUUUCAAGCCAGAGAUUGACAAGAAACAGUACAGAGAGAUCAUACUACAAAAUGGGUUGCGAGUCCUCCUCAUCUCAGACCUGGAGCAAUCAAGCCACAGGCUCAGCACCUCUGGAAGUCCAGUAGAUAGGCAGCUCUCUCUAGAAGAAAAGCACAGUGAUAUGGAAGAGUCCAUGUCAGGAGCUGAUACUGAUGGAUCAAGCACCACAGACACUAGUCAUAUCAGCAACUGUAGUAGUCAGAAAGAAGAUCAAGAUGAAAAGAAGCCAAUGAGUUGGUCAAGAAAAGUGGCUGGCUGCUGCCACAUACCCAAACUUGUUACCAAGUUCAUUAACAAAAGGAAGCGCAAAUGUAAGAAACAUGGACCUUCUGACACAACUGGCAAAUAUGAAUCAAUGGAAAUUGUCAUGGCAGCUGCAGCUCUCUGUAUUGGCAGUGGCAGCUUUGCUGAUCCACCAGACAUACCUGGUCUAUCUCAUUUCUUGGAGCACAUGGUUUUCAUGGGCAGCAAAAAGUACCGCAAAGAAAAUGCUUUUGAUGACUUCAUCGCCAGACAUGGAGGAGAAAGCAAUGCAUGCACUGAUACUGAGAUGACAACCUUCUUCUUUGACAUCCCCAAACAGUACUUUUACAAAGCCCUGGAUAUAUUUGCGCACUUCUUUAUCUCACCCUUGUUUCUCAAAUCAAGUGUUGACCGGGAGAUUAUGGCAAUUGACAACGAAUUUCAGAUGGUUGUACCAUAUGACCUUGAGCGCUACCAUCAGCUGCUGGGCACCUUGGCGAAUCCGGGCAACCCUGUGGGGAGAUUUUUAUAUGGUAAUUUAAAGGUCCUGAAGACUAUUCCACAGGAACAGAAUAUUGAUGUAUAUGGGCGAUUACGAGAGUUCUACAAACGGGUAUACUCUGCGCACUACAUGACCUUGGCAAUUCAGGCUCCAGAUUCUCUAGAUGACCUACAAGAUCUUGUGCAAGAUAUUUUUCAUGCCAUUCCCAACAACAAAAUAUUGCGCCCUUCAUUUCAUGAGCAUAGGGAUCCCUUUGUGCCAGAAAAAUUUCACAAAUUUUUAAAAGUGGUGCCUGUAGAAGAUUGUCACAAAUUGGAAAUUAGCUGGGCUCUACCACCUAUGAUGAAACAUUUCAAGUCCAAACCACUGGAGUAUAUUGCAGUGCCUAUUACUCAUGAGGGACCAGGCAGUGUGCUGUCUUACUUGAGGAAAAGGUCGUGGGCUCUUUCACUUCAAGGUGGAAAUUCAGGGUCUGGGUAUGACUCCAACUCAUUGUGGAGUGGUUUCUUUAUCAGCAUUGUUUUGACUGAUCAUGGCCUAGAAAAUGUGGCAGAGGUAAUCAAAGUAUUAUUCCAGUACAUGCAAUUGCAGCGGCAAUGUGGUCCACUGUUGUGGUUCUUCACAGAAUUGCAAGAAAUUGAAGACAUUAAAUUCCGUUUUAAAGAUGAAACUGAUCCCAUUGACAACGUGGAGCAGGUUUCUGAGAAUAUGCAGCUAUUUCCCACGGAGUACUACUUCACUGGUCGUUCUUUGCUGUUCAUUUAUGAUCCUCAGGUAAUUCAAGAAUGUCUGGGCUACCUACUUCCUGAGCUGUGCUGCAUAACGCUGUUAACAAAAAACUUUGAACAUUCUGAUAUCUGCAACAUGGUAGAACCCUACUUUGGCACCCGCUACACGAUCACAGAUAUUCCACAAGACUGGAAGGAUAGCUGGACAGCCUUGAAACCAAAUCCAGAAUUGUACCUUCCUGAACCUAAUCCAUUUAUUCCACAGGUCUUUGAACUUGUUUACGAGAAGAGAUUUGAGCUACCUGUUCGAGUGGUGGAUAAUGAGUUUAGCUGCAUGUGGUACAAGAAAGACAGCAAAUACAAGUUGCCAAAAGGUUUCAUCAUGCUGCAUCUAAUUACACCAGUUGUUUCGCGCUCAGUUGUCAACGCUGCACUGUGCGACCUUUAUCUCUACAUCAUCCAGCAGAAUCUUCAGGAAUCACUGUAUCCAGCCACACUUGCAGGCUACGAAUUUAGCAUGGAGGCCAUGUCGACAGGUGUAGAGAUCCACACAGAAGGUUUCAGUCACAAACUGCCAAUGGUGGUGCAGUGCAUUAUUGAACACCUGACACAGUUCAAAGUCACCCCACAAAACUUUGAGGUUGUGAAGACUCAACUGAAGAAGAGCUAUUACAAUGAGAUGAUCAAGCCUUUUGACUUUGGAAGAAUGCUGAGAUUUGCUGUAACAGAACCAAGUAAUUGUUCAUUGCCAGACCGCUACUUGGUGGUGUCCAGCCUGACGCAGUCCAUGCUAAUGAACUUUUACCAUGAUUUUCUACAGAGCGUUUACGUUGAAGGACUUGUAAUAGGAAACUUUACGGCAGAGGAGGCGGUGAAAAUAGCUCAUCUGGCACAAAACAAAAUAUGCAAGAAACCCCUGCCACCGGAAAUGCUGCCUCUCAAACGACUUUACCAGCUUCCUAUAGGUGAUCUGCAGUGUCGUGUACGUGGUGUCAAUCGCCAGGACACAAAUUCCAUUGUGACUAGCUACUACCAGAUGGGGCCCGGCACAAUUAGAGAAGCCUGUCUCAAUGAGCUCCUAUCAAUGCGGAUGAAGGAACCAUGUUUCAACUAUCUACGCACAGAACUUCAACUUGGCUAUAGCGUUUUUUGUCAUCAUAUGACCACCAAUGGUAUUCUGGGAUAUAGUGUCUCAGUUGAAACUCAAGCAAACAAAUUCAGCAUGUCUCAGGUCGAAAGGCACAUUUCCAAGUUUAUGGAAAAUUUUCAAAAAACAUUAAACAAGAUGACUAAAGCUCGGUAUAAAGACCUGGUGGAGUCAGUGAUCUCCCUGAAGCAGGUGGAAGACACCCAACUGGGAGAUGAAACUGGUCGCUACUGGCAAGAGAUUCUAGAUCGUUCUUACAUCUUUGAUCGUCCUGAUCGUGAGAUAGCCACACUACAAACCAUCCCCCUGUCCGAACUGAAGCUGUGGUAUCAGAAGUACCUGGACCGUUCUCGCCGUCAUGUCAGUUUUCAGGUGCAAGGUGCUGUUGAAGUGCCCAUGGAAGCAGCCUCAAAACCACAUAAACCUGGUACUAUUGAAGAUGAAAACUUUCUGACACUGGUAGUGGAGGGCAAAGACUUCAUCAGUGAUGUGAAGAAAUUUAGAAAAGAACUCUCUCUGUAUCCUCAUUCCCUCGUCACUUCCUGACGUCCUCUCCCAUCUCUUGUUGCGCUGUGGGCAGUUUUUUUUUCAUGGAAGAUCUUAUGUAGUCUUGACCAACCAACAAGCAUGUGGAUUUCGGUCCAGUAUAAUGAAGCAGCCAACUCCCUAGAAGAGAAUGGAGACACUUGUUGAAAAAUUGUUAUUAAUGGAGGAAACAACAACUAUCAUCACAUUAGCAAACACUUGAUGCUCAGGGAAUGAUUGCAGUAAUUGACAGAUAGUAAUUGACAUGCUGCGUGUUGCUUUGCAUGGGUGCUUGUAGAAGUGUGCAUGGGGUAUUUUCAAUGUGUACCAUGACUGAGGAUUUGACAAUGCAGCUGUGUCAGUGGUAGAAGAGGGUUGGGAUUUUUUUUUUUUUAAACAUUUAGUUGAAAUAAGAGUGGAGAUAAAUGGCAUUCCAUUCCAACUGUAUACAGACUGUCCACACUUAUUUUCUCUACAAGUAUCUUUAAAAGGAAAAUAACUUAUCAAAUCCUUCUCAUUUUUACAUUUAAUGGUUGAAUGAAAACUACUAC